UUGCCGCUCAACAUCAGACGCGUUCGCCUCGUUGGUUGUUUUCGGUUUGCGGUUGUUGUUGUUGCGCUUUAUUGUUAAUGUUAAUUCGCUUGUGUUGGCUUUUUAUUUGGAUUGGCUCAGAUUGCCGCAUUGGCAAUAAAGUUUUGGUCAAUUUAUCGAGCAUGAAAUUGACAGCGUGAGACGGCAAAGUUCCUUCUCAGUCAGCAUGUUUCGUCUUAAACUGUGUGUUUGUUUCCGAGUGUGGCAUUAAAAAGCGUUUGAAGCCAAAAGGGUCAAACCGGUUUAGUCAGCGCCGCUCGAGCAAUGGACGCCGCCUUCAGUCCGUCAGCUUCGGGCUCAGCAUCGGCAUCCCUGCAACGUGUUGCCUCGCAGUCGAGCCUCGUCCAGGCAGCCGCAGCGCCCCAUCACUAUCAUUAUAUACAAUAUCCGGCGCAUUAUCUGCAGCAGCAGCAGCAGUCCAGCAUUGGCCUGGCAUCAGUGCAGCAAUGUCAGUGCCCCUGCUCCUGUGGACGCGCAACUGGACCCCAGCAGCAGCAGCAGCAGCAGCAGCAGAAUGCAUCCAUGGCCGUGGCCGUCCUGGUGCAUCAGCAGACCUCGACGCAGUCGGCGCAGUCCCUCCUCAAUCAUUCCUACCAAGCCCUUCCCAACGAGGAGGAGCAGCAGCAGCAGCGGGCACAGCAGAAUUUACCGUUCGACCGAUGCGACUGCGAUCUGGAGUGCAGCUGCGCCGCGAAUAGCAGCUCCUUGUCCCAGCAGCAGCAACAGCAGCACAAGCGCAGCCUGAUCGCGGACGCCAUGCUCGGCGCCGAUGAGAUCACUGUCAGCGAGUCCGACAAUAACAGCACCAUGAUCAAGAAGAAGAAGCCCCGCCGCGCCAGUGUGACCAACCCAACGGAUCAGCUGCCCUCCAAAACGGACAGCUGCAAUGAUAUCUACCACGACACGGAACUCGAGGCGGCUGCAACUGUUACAGCAUCUGCCGCGGGCAGAGCUGGCGGCACCAAGGCACAGGGCCUCGAUGAUAAUCGUCCACCUUUGCCGCCACGCCCACCGCCCAGGCCGCGCAGCAACGUGAACGGCUCCAUAGCUCAUCGUCAUGGCGCUGGGAUCAAGAAGUAUGUGGUGUGGUGCCUCAUCUGCGGUGGCUUUAGCUGCCUGCUGGGCGUGCUCUUUCUGGGCGUCUACUUUCUGCUCCAUUCCUACACCAUAACCGUGGGCAACUUUGAGACGGUGCCCACCUUUGUGCCCGCCACGCUGCUAAUCCUCACGGGCGUCUGCAUCAUGAGUCUGGCGCGUCGUCGCAAUCGUUAUAGCUAUCUGAUCAAGCUGUCGGGCGCCUGUGGCCUUGUCUCCGCCUUAACCUGCGCCCUGGUGACCGUGACGACCACGGUACUCCACAUGAGCCGGCUGCAGGCGUUGCGGGAAUGCGAAUACGCGCAGAAGACGCGCACCUGCACCUGCUACUCGGAUCUGAUUGAAUCGCAGGUGGAUCGUGUUGACAAAGAAGGCGUGCGUCUGGUCUUCGACUCGCUCUCGGAUUGCGGCGUCGUUCACGGCUCCCUUUACUCCUGCCUGCGCGCCAUUUUCGGCCUGUCCGUGGCCGGCGUGCUCAUCGCCGUCUUUAGCUGCAUGCUGGUCUAUCAGCUGCUCAGCCACGAACGCAAGAAGAUGUACUGGGAGCAGCUGGAGCUGCGCUGCCGUUCGCUUUAUGCCAGCCAGGCGCCACUGCCGCCACAUGGUCUCGCACCGGGUCGUCUGCUCAACUGUCGUUGUUGUGAGCAGUGCCACGCCCAUCGGCAGCUGACGCUGCCCCUGCAGCAGGCAACGGCCUAUCCGUGGGAUGAGGCGAGUGCCGCAGCAGCAGCAGCGGCUGCCGGAGCUGGUCCCGAGCAACGUUUCUGGGCGUCACAACCGCCGGGCAAUUUUUACUCACCCAAUCCGGGCGGCGAGGAUCCGACAAUCAGCGGCUGUCGCAAUGGACGCGAACGCGCCAGCAGCGGCUGGAGCUGGCCGAGAAUGCCCUGGCAGCGCACCACGCCGGACGCAACGCGUCGAUUCCGGCAAGCUGCCGCCAGCCCGGACUCUCAGUACGGUUUCAGCUCGGCGACAGCUGUCGCCGUUGCCGAUGGCAAUCAGAUGCUCAUCGAGGAGCCAGUUGUGGUCGGUGGCAACUAUAACGCGCUGUCGCCGCCCAAUGCGCUACCGUACGGCGUUUGGGGUCCACCGCCGCCGUACAGCGAUCCCAACAGUCCAGCACGACGUGGCUACUAUCAAUAUCUGCAGGCGGGCACCUGCCUGCCGGGCAAUCCUGCCGUGACGGCGCUGAUGCCACAGCAGCAGCAGCAAGAGCAGCCGCAGCAGCAGCUGGUGCAACACACGUCGCGUGCUUGUGGUCAGUCCGCGACGCUGGAACGCAUGGAUGGCCUAAGCGGAGGCACUGCAGCGGUGGUUAACGCCGCCUACAAGACGACGACGAUGGGCAACGGGGAAUACGAGAAUACGCACUCGGAUAGCGACGGCUGCAAUGGCUGGGAACGGGAUCGCUGCUCCAACACGCUGCCCACACGCAAGCUGAAGAAGCGCAUCGAGGCGGGCGCCAAGAGCAUCGGUCCGCAGAACAACGCCAGCCAGCCGAGGCCAAAUGUGCAGCAAAUCUUCGCCAAGGAGCAGCAGCAGCAACAGCAGCCCCAAGCCGAGCCACAAGCAGCGGGCAGCGGGAUGGAGAAUAGCGGCUAUCAGGAUUCGAACGGGGCCAUUGCGAAGGGUCAAGCGCAGCCGCUGGAGGGUGCCGAGUCGGAGGUGUACUUUGCGGACGUGAGCAGCUGCUGCAACAUGUCCGUGAAGAACGACAACUACUACGACAAUGCGCAGCGGCAUCAGGUGCAUCAUCAGCAUCAGCACAGCAACUGCAGCAGCAACCAGAGCACCAACAACAAUGAGGAUUAUCUGGCGCAACGUUUUGGACGACGGGAGCACUCGAUACGCAGUCGCCUGCCCAUUCCGCAGACACCACGCCUGGAGGACGAUUACGAGAGCUCCAAUCUGAAUAUGCCGACGCUGAAGAGCGCCGCUUUGGAUCAACAGCAACAGCAGCUGCAGAAGGACAUCUCGCGGCAGAGCAUGUGUUCCGUGGAAUCGGAGGCCAAGACUGAGUUCACAGAUUUGUCGCCAUCGACGCCAUGCGAUGAUGGGACAUUGCCGCCGCCGCCCGCCAACUUUGCCAGCGAUCCACCAGUUUUACAGGCAGCAUCAGCAACAGCUGCCAACUUUGUGGCCUCGUUUCCAUACUCGUCGGAGUCACAAUGCCUGGAGGCGCAUCGCCGCUCCACCAAGAACAUACACGAGCUGCUGCUGACGACCGGAAAUGGCGGCACAAGCAGCUCCGCCGCGGGCGUCGAUGCCCAGGCCCAUUACGAGAUCAUCAACGAUCGUUACCAGCUGCAGCGCUCUGUCGCCGCCAAGUCCAAGUCGAAGAGCCGCUCCAGAGAGCACUUGGAUAUCUAUGAAGGCGGGGCUUGUCCUGCGGAGCGCUCCUCCGACUGGUCCGAUGGCAAACGUUUGUGAGACGAAAUCGAACUCUUCGUCUAGGUUUCAUCAACAACAACAACAACCAAACACACACACACACACACACACACGCUAUCUCACAAUCAGUUCUGGUAUAGUCUUCCUUAUGAUUUGUGAACAGAUCGUUGCAUAUGAAAUCUUUGCCAUCCAAAAUGUACCAACAACGAUUAGUGUUGCCAAAUUAGCCAUUUUCCAGAGGCAGUUGGCAACACUAAUAACAACGAGUACUACUUAGUUUUGCUCUUUAUAUGAGCCUUACUCUCUCUCUCUCUCUCUCUUAUUAUCACGCUGCGGUCCAUGUGGCCAUAAACUUUGCUUUAACUAUUUUAUGCCAUCUAUUUUACGUAGCAUAAACAAGUUCUUAUAUAUAGAAAUAAUAUUGUAGUAUUGUAUUGAAUGUUGAAAUUGUAGUGGUAAUCUAUGAAAAUAUUAAACCAAUUAUGUUACACUUACUUGCCUAUUUAUAUAGCUGCAAACAUACACACACACAUGAACAAAUAUAUGUAAAUCCAUAUUCAUAGACACUUAUAUCGUUAGUUAAACGUUAGAUUGCAAGUUAAAUUCAUUAAAACCGAAAAGAAAAAAAUCACCAGCAUUU